AGUGGACGCAAAAGCAUAUUUUUGGCACAAAUGGCCCCCCGUACAGCCCGGCCUCAGUCAGACUCCACUGACCCCAAUGUAAAUUGAGUUUGAGAACCCUGAUUUAGACUAAAGGGUGAAGCAUAACUAGAUGCAUGAUCACCCUCUGCUGGAACAUAAAACAACAACAAGCUUUUAUUGACUUUUUAAAGUCUUAUUUUCAUAAAUAUGUGGAUCUUGUAGAAGAAGUUCACCUGAAGUUGUCAUAUUUUUCAUCAACUAAAACAAAAAGUCAAACUGCUGCUGUUUUGUUUAUCCCUUCUGGUUUCUGUAUGACUGAUAGUAAACUGAUGUCAUAUAAUCUUAUCUGAUCUUAUUCAGAGGUGAAGAGGAUCACCUAGAAACUAGGUGUCGUCAUGGCAAAACAAAAUCAUUGGAUUUUUUUUUUUUAGUAAGAAUGUGUCUCCUGACAUCAUCUCUGACAAAACGAAGAACAAUUUGUUUCUCUCGAAUGACGUCACGCCUGUAAAAUGUUUGCUAUGUGACUCCAGAGUACCUGUUAAAGGAUCUUCCAGGACAUAUUUUAAGUUAAUCACCAAACUGUGCUCAUCCUUUCAUUCAGAUUUUAAAAACUUCAGUUUUUGCGUCUAAAAAAAGAAAACAAAAAAGGGACGUUGUGGUUUGUGGGCCGUCUGACACCGUUGCAGAACAUUGUGCAACACUUUGUGUCACAAGCCACUCCUUUUACAUGCUCCGCCCCCCUACAAGUGGUAGUUACAGUAAAGCCACCACCUAAGUCAGAUUCCAGCAGUGAUACAUGAAAUUAUCUGCUGUGCAGCUCGAGUCUUCACUGAAAUGUUGCUGACACUUUUAUUGCUUCUGAAUGGAUUGUUUAUCGUGUAUCUGCUUUGCUUCAGUCGAACAAGACAGCAUAAAGAGCCUCCUCUGGAUAAAGGGCUCCUGCCGUGGUUGGGACACGCUCUGGAGUUUGGAAAAGAUGCCCUGAAGUUUCUGACCCGAAUGAAAGAAAAACACGGAGACAUUUUUACUGUUCGUGUGGCUGGCCAAUAUGUGACCAUACUGUUGGAUCCAAACUCCUUCGAUAGCGUCCUGCAUGAUACAGUUUCUCUGGACUUCCGCCGCAUUCGAGGCCAGGUCGUUCAGAAGAUUUUUGGUCUACAAGUGCCAAGUAACAUGCAAACAUCAGAGAGGAAAUGGAUGGAAGUGCAUUUCAAGGGAGUCAAUCUCAUUGAGCUCAACAGCUCCAUGAACAUUCAUCUUCGGAAUUUGGUCCUGAAUGCCGGCAAAACCUGCGGCGAGUGGCAACAAGAGGGCCUCUUCAGCCUCUGCUACAGCCUCCUCUUUAGAGCCGGUUACUUGACAUUGUUCGAGGGAAGCGAUAAUGCUGCUGCUGUCUACCAGGAGUUUCGCAACUUUGACGAUCUUCUCACCAAACUGGCUCGCGGUUCACUCAAGCGUGAUGAAAAGAAAUCAGUCGAUACAUCCCAGGAAAAACUACUGAGGUUCCUGUCCUCACAGAGAGGAAUGGAGCCCUGGAAACGAAGCUACCAAAACUUCCUGAACAAAGAAGGCGUCGCUGAAGAAAUGCAAGCUAAAGCUCUGCUGCUGCAGCUGUGGACCACACAGUGCAACGCCGGACCUGCCGCCUUUUGGUUCCUGGGCUUCCUGCUCACUCACCCUGAGGCCAUGGAGGCUGUGAGGUCAGAGGUCAGGGGUCUCUCCCUGAAGCAUCCUUCCAGCACACCUGUUUUUGACAGCGCUCUGAGUGAGACCCUCCGGCUGACCGCUGCAGUGAUGAUCAGGAGAGAAGUGGUGCAGGACAAGACGCUGGUGAUGGCCAACGGGCAGGAGUACCGGCUCAGACGUGGGGACAGAGUCUGUCUGUUUCCCCUGCUCGGUCCUCAGAUGGACCCACAGAUUCACCCAGAACCACAGAGUUUCAAGUAUGAUCGUUUCCUGAAUGAAGACAGGACCGUGAAGAACACGUUUCACAAAAAUGGAGAACAAGUGAGAUACCACACCUUGCCCUGGGGAGCAGGAAGGAGCAGCUGCGUCGGGAAGGAGUUUGCUGUUAAUGCUAUAAAGCAAUUUGUGUUCUUGCUCCUGACCCAUCUUGACCUGGAGCUCUGCGACCCGGAGGCUAACCUUCCACCAGUGAAUCCCAGUCGCUAUGGUUACGGGAUGCUGCAGCCGGAAGGAGACCUGCAGGUCCGAUUCAGACUGAAGAGAAUCCUUCCUGAAAUGUGAGGCGUCGAUGUUCGCACUGAAGAACUUUUGAAGGAAAAUGAAGCACUUCUGUUUUCAUAUAUUUAACACCCAAUAUGUAUAUAUUUUAUUUAAAAUAUGAGAAAAAAAGUCAUAUUUAAUGGAAAAAAGCAAAAUAUUACUAUAAACAUGGAUAAAUAUUUGUAUUUAUGCAACAUUUCUCACAUCUAGACUGUUAUAGAAGGAAUAUUAUGUUUGUUUUUCCCAAGGAAAAUGCGUCAUGCAUCAUAUUUAGUGAGAAAAAAUAUGGAGUCAAAAGUAAACACACUGACCUACAUGAUGAGCACUUUUCUAUUAUCUCAGGGAUGUUGGAUUACAAAUCACAACUCCUGCAAAAAUACAUUCUGAAGUCAUUUGUUUGCUUAAAAUCGCUUUUUUCACAAUAUGUUUUUUCCUGUAAUUUUGAGACAAAUUCAGUUUUUAGGCAUAAAAAAUCCAAACCUUUAAAAUGCUUUUUUUUAAUGAUAUUAUUAUUUUUUUUAAAGACGUGUGCCAGUUACUGUAAAUUAAAUCGUAUCCAUUCACAAUAUUUCAUUUUGUGAAACUUCAAUGAUCAAAAGCAUCUUUUCUUGUGUAUUUAUUUGUUUGUUUUGCUACCGUUUGUUGAUCUGGUCUGUUUUUCUUUUUGUGAAGCACUUUAUAUGUUUUAUUGAAGGUGCACUUCUAGCUAAGUUGAUAUUGUUGUAGCUACUGAGGCUCUACACAUUUUUGUCUUAAAGGGACCGCUGUGUUUUACAAUGGACUGUAAUUGUGUAAUUGUAAUUGUGCAAUGGAGGGUUUAUUUACUUAUUUAUUUGUUUUUGUAGUAAACAUUUGGAGAACACACUGAGCAGCUUUUCGGGUGUAUGAUUUACAGACUUAAAAUAGAAUCUGAUGUAGCAUUUCGUUGUUGGUUUCUUUUCAAAAUCCAGUUCUGUCAUUGGUCGAGACUUGCAUGGAGCUGUGAUGUCACAGGUUCUAGAGGUGUCUUCGUCACAACUCUCAAGUCUUGUUCUGGAUUUUCACAUUGUGUAUCUGAGGUGUAGUUGGAGCAAAGCACACCGCAGACAUUUCAUGAUUUGCUUUAUGUGACUCUGUCGCCUGAGCAAAUAAAUUAUUUUAAAUAAAGAUUUGGUCUGAGUUUAUUUUUAAAGUUCCACUCCGAUCAUUUUUUGAUCUAUUUUGAAUGUGUUUCCAGUGUUUUUUAUGCUAUAAUUAUGUUGUUUUUAGGACAUAGUUUCUACAGAGCACCAAGAGUUCAUCAGAAAUUCUCCUUUGAGUUGUGGACGGGUCUGUUGAUGUGGAAUAAUGAUUUCCCCAUUUCCCAUCAUCCAUCUGUGUACACGCUCACCCACUAUCUUACAGCCCCUCACACCCCAACCUAACAUUAUGAGUGUGUGUUGAAAACACAGAGAAUACAGUUUGGUCUUUAAAGUCCAUAUUCUUGUCCUAGUCUGUGUGUCUGGUUGCUGUUUGCAGGUAAAGUUCUGAAAGUCUUUAUUGUUGCUUUUACAUGUUUUUUAUUUUAUUUUAUUUUUAUUUUAUUGUAAUCUA